GCAGCAGUAGAUCAGUAUAGAAAAGCGCGCCUUCUGCUGCUAACAGUCACAAAGCAGUCAGCACAAGUACCGAUGCUAAAAAUUUCAUUUCUUUGCCUCAUAAAUGAUCGUGCAUACGAGAGAAAAAGUUCUCUCUUGGAAAAUAAUAAGAUAAUAAGUUAUUUCCAACUUAUUUCGCUCUAAAAAGCAUUAGUGAAACGCUUCUCGUCGGGCAAUCAACACAUUUGCACGUGAUCAACCACCGAUUUUUGUAACGGGCAGCCUCCCAGAGGACAAUGUCCCAACGAUCGAAAAAAUCCGCUACCAAAGCGACGUCCACAUCGGGCGCCCAAUCCGUUUCAUCGUCAGCCUCAACCGUGUCCAGUAUGACGGAAAUUUCAGAAACAGCACUCAGUCCCUCCCGACGCAGUCGGCUGCAGGAAAAGAACAGCCUGAUUAACCUGAACGAUCGUCUGGUAUGUUACAUAGAACGUGUUCGCUUUCUAGAACAAGAAAACUCGCGGCUUUCACUUGAACUAGCCGCCAGUCAGGAUGCAGCCAACCGGGAGAUUGCCAAUCUUAAAUCGAUUUAUGAGGGCGAACUGACCGAUGCAAGAAAGCUACUGGAUGAAACGGCACGGGACAAAGCGAAGGUGGAGAUCGAUGCCAAGCGAUAUUGGGAGGAAAGUGAUCAGUUAAGGAUGAAGCUGAACAAGAAAACUAAAGAGUUAACUGAGGUGGAGAAAGAGGCGCGAAUCAGCGAGGCCAGAGUAAUCGAGUUGACAGCAAACUAUAACAGUGCCUGUUCGGAACGAAAAAAACUGCACGAUGAGUUGAGGGAAACGGAAAUGGAGGCGGCUAAACUAAAGAAAACGUUCGAAAAUAUGAGGAAGGAUUUGGAACAUGAAACUUUGCUUCGCGUGGACUUGGAGAAUAACGUUCAGAGCUUGAGGGAGGAGUUGACGUUCAAGGAGCAGGUUCAUCUUCAGGAGUUGAGUGAGAGUAAAUUACGCCGACAGAGUGACCUUAGUGAAAUCGACGGUUUUCUCAUGGAGCAGUAUGAAACAAAAUUACAGCAGACACUUCAGGAGCUUCGUGAUCAGUACGAUUCUCAACUUCGCAUGAACCGUGAUGAAAUCUCCGAACUUUACGAUGCCCGAAUUCAUAGCCUUGAGAACCGUCUCAGUUCAGAACGAGCCCAGCACGAGGACGAACGACAGAAGAUGGAAAAAGAAAUCAAUCAUCUUCGCGAUGAGAUGUCAGUCCAUUUGAAGGAAUACCAAGACCUUAUGGACAUCAAGAUCUCGUUGGAUAUGGAAAUCGCUGCGUACGAUAAGCUACUUUCGUCGGAGGAAACCCGUCUGAAUAUCACUCCGAAUGUAACAAGCACCACAGCCACCGCUUCUGCCAUCAGCACUUCCUCACGGCUAUUUCGCACCCCUUCGCUAAAACGCCGACGAGAUGUCCUGGACGAUUCCCUGGACUAUUCCGUCACCUCAUCAGCAAAAGGCGAUCUCGAGCUCACCGAGUGCGAUCCGGAGGGAAAAUUCGUCAAAGUUCACAACAAAUCCAAGGAAACCUACCAGCUUGACGGUUGGCAAAUACGUCGCAAAACCGAAUCGUCUGAAGUAAUUUACAAGUUUCCAAAAUCAGCGAAAAUCGAGGGCAACGCAACAGCGACCAUCAUGUCAGCCUCAACCGGACAGAAGGCGAGUUCUUCCUGCACCCUAGUCAUGAAGGGUCAAUCGUGGGCUACCGGUGACAGCAUGACCACUAUACUACUCAACCCGGAAGGUGAUGAGGUGGCGCAUGCUGAACGAGUGAAAAUGAAAAGCUACAGCUACUCGGGACAUAAGGAUAAGUACUUUCUGGAGGAAGGAGGAGCGCGACUGGGCAUGAGUAUUUCGGGUGGCAAAUCACCGAAGGUCAGUCGCAGCGCAGGGGAGAAGAAUGAAGAGCAAUGUAGAGUGAUGUGAGGUGGUUCUAACGCGUUGGUCGUUUUUUCCUUCAAGGAAACAAAGCUGCAAUUUAAUUUAAAUUGAUGAUGAAUAUAAUUUAAGGUUUGUAGUUCGAAAAAUUUAUUGUAUUUUUCUAAAAUCAAAAAUAAAGUUUAUGUAUUUUAUGGUCAA